CACCGUUGGGGCUUGAUCGUCAGAUGGUCCUGUUGCCUAGCCAGGGUGGACGCACAAUUUUUGCAGUAAGACGGAGUGGUCUUGGUACAAGUUUGCUGGAUCGGGAACUAGGGCCAAGAACUGCUCUGUUGGCUCUUGGAGGCCGCUCGCUCGAGGGAAGUAGUAUUUAAGGGAGAGGGAUUGCCUUCGUUGUCUGUCUUUUCUCUCCUCAGGCUUCAAGUUUCAUAUCAUAUCUUCGCUCACUGUUGCGGAAACGUACAUCAUUGCUUCGUCAUCUAGUACCGUACUACGUAUCAAACCCCGCCUACCAUGGGUUCCAUUCAAGAUGUUAUCGCCACCACCCAAGGCAACAGCAAAAAUGUCUUCGAGGACUUCAAGCAGCAUUGUCAGGGCAAGCGUGUCGAGACCAAGAGCAAUGUCCUCAAUGCUGUCCGCCAUGCUUACCCAGACUUCCACGUCACUGAAGUGGCCGAGCAAUCGGCCUCUCUCUUUGACUACGCUGCUGCCGGCAAGGCUACGCUCAAGUUCGACGCGGAAGAAGAGUCAUUCGAUGCCACGCGGGCGUGGAAGACCGUAGGCGAUGGUAUUGAGAAGAAGAUGCAUCCAGGAAAGCUGGAUGAUGACUUCCGGUUUGCUAGAUUCCACUACACCUGGGAAGACCACGAAUAUCUGGUCUAUUUUGUCGUCUAUCAAGACGUGUUCCAGGCCCAAACUCGCGAGUUCUUCAUCCUACAUCCCCGCCUCGAAGACAACAUCAUCGACGGUCACUGCAUUGAGACCGACGCGCUCGUCCUCGCUGCGGGCAAGUGGACCAGUCUACUGCACGAAGAGAUCUGGGUCUUCGACAACGGCUUCUGGGAGAAGAGCAAAGAGCUCUGGAAGGCUGUUGACGGCUCCUCUUGGGACGACGUCAUCCUGGACCCCGAGAUGAAGAAGAACCUCAUCGAAGAUGUACAGGGCUUCUUCGACAACAAGGAUCUGUACGGGCAGUACGCAGUCCCCUGGAAGCGCGGCAUUAUCCUCCACGGUGUGCCCGGCAACGGCAAAACCGUCUCCAUCAAAGCACUCAUCAACUCGCUCUACGCGCGCCCUGACCAAAUCUCCUCGCUUUACGUCAAGUCGUUCGAGACAAAGUGCCAGACGGAGCAGUACUCCAUCCGGCAGAUCUUCCUCCAAGCGCGCAAGUGCGCCCCUUGCCUACUUAUCUUCGAGGAUCUGGACUCUCUCGUCGACGACAACAUCCGCAGCUACUUCCUCAACGAAGUCGAUGGCCUUGAAUCCAACGACGGCAUCCUGAUGAUCGGGUCGACCAACCAUCUUGACAAGCUCGACCCGGCUAUCGCUAAGCGCCCCUCACGCUUCGACCGCAAGUACCACUUCAAGCUGCCCGGGGACAAGGAACGCACGCUGUACGCAGACUACUGGCGCAAUAAGCUCCUUGCGAAGAACCAGAGUAUUGAGUUCCCCGAGGAACUGUGCGGCAUUGUCGCGCAGUUGACGGACGGGUUCAGCUUCGCCUAUCUGAAGGAACUGUUCGUCAUGGCGCUCCUCAGCCUAGUGCGCGGCUCCAAAGGCGACGACUUUGAAAUCGUAGAGGCUGAGGAAGCAGACUCCGCGCCCGAAGACACAGCCACUGAAUCCACAACGCCCGAAGUCGUCGACAAGGAGUCGGAAAUCUGCACGUGCGCGUCAAAGUGCGACAAGUGCGGCAAGCCCGUUCUCUCCUCCGAUCCCAAUGAUGCCGCCGCUGCCUGCGAAGCGAACUCCACGAAGCCCGAAACAGGCAAGAAUAAACGGCUGGUUAUUCCUAGCGUCGACGUCCCAGACCACCUGGCGGAUAACUUGCUGCUCAAGGUGAUCAAGCAUCAGAUCCGCGUGCUGCAUGCGGAGAUGGAUAGUACGAAGACGGAGGAGUGGCCCAGCGGCAAGAUGGGCAUGGGGAGUGGUGGGCCGGACGAGUAUGCGACGCAGAUGAUGCGGGCGCUGCAGAUGAGGAGGCGGGCGAGGUGUUAGAGGGAAUGAGCUGUUGCGGAUGGACUUGGUUUGACACGCGACUAGAGCUGUGGGCUUGGGAAGUGGGCGUUGUUGUCCUGUCUUGGUCUCCUGGGAUUCAAAUUGGUCUGUGUAUUUCGAUACAUGAUACAUACGUUGAAGAGAAUAAUAGGAAGUAGAAAAAGAAGC